AUGAGUUUAAUCUAUGCUUAUUAGUUAAGAUCAAUGUCACUAUGACAUUUUUUUAAUUAAUUGAUGAUUAUUUCUUAAAAAAUUAACAAAAUAAAACUAUGAUAGGUAUAUUUUAAAAUUUUUUCCGUUUGUUUAUGGAAUGGAUUAAUUAAAUCAUUGAGCAAAUAUUAAAGUUUUGCUAUUACAAUGGUAGAAGAAACUGUUAAUUCUACAAAUAAGCCAAAAAUUAAAACAGCCCGACCUAGACCAGUAUAUUUAUGGAAUGUUUUAGAUGUCCAGAAAUGGUUACGGAGACAUUGCAGUGACUAUUAUCAAUUAUAUCAUGAAAAAUUUCUUUAUCAUGAUAUCACUGGAAGAGUACUUUUAAGAAUAAAUGAAAAUAUUUUAUUAAGGCUUGGAAUUGAUAAUGAGCAACAUAGAAUGGAUAUAUGGAGAGAGAUUAUGAAGCUGCAUCUUAAGACUGACAUGUUAGAAAUUAGAGACAUAGAGCGUCGCAACAAUGUGAAUUUUGAUUAAAAUAGGUAUUUCUAUUUAAAUUUUAUAACUAUAUAAAAUUAUGACUUGCUGUAUUUUUAAUACAUGUUUAUAAAUGA